UCAUAGUACCAGGAACGGUGAAGCCCUGUGGCUCUGCUUCAGAAACCAAACAGUGGCCGUGCCUUCCGGACAGCUUCAGAAGGGGAAGAGCUGGGGACCGAACCCAGGGCCUUGCGCUUCCUAGAUGUGUUUUGGUCUCACCGUGUCCCAGUUAGAGGUCUAGCCUUGGCAGAAGAAGGACCUGGAGUCCUGCUGCUUUCGUCUCUGGGAUACUGAAGCAAAGACUACACAUCCUCCCAGCCCAGGCAGGCGUCCCUUCUCAGCCUCAUCUGUCUAGCGUCCCAGAACAGCAGUGAGCUAGCUGGCUGGCCGGGAAGGGCCUGUCCUCUGCCUUUGGCCCACAGUGGCCCAGGGAAUGGUCCUCCCCUCUGCUGGGGUGCAGCAAUGGGGGGGGAGGCUCAUCUCCAGCUGGCUUGGGCCUUAGAAACCCCUCCUUCCCCCACCCCCCAGGCCUCUUCGCAGGGGCUUGGGAUCAGCCAGAAAAGUCAGGCAGCUCACUAGAGGGAGGAAACAGAAGGUCCCGUGGCCAGACUGAGUCCUGCUCCUGGAGAAGUGCAGUGCCCAGCCCCACCCCUUGCCCUGUGCCCCCUCCACUGCCGAAGACUUUGACCUGGCGUUCCAGUCCUAGCUGGUGGGCAGAGGGCUGAAGUCAACGCAGCCCAGAAUCAGGAGCAAUCCUGCUGGAGACAGGUUCCUGCACCCCCAGGCCAUUUUUCUCUAGACACUUGGCACCAGCGAGAGACAAAGAGAGAAGCCAGUGCCAUCUGACUGCUGCCCUGAGAUACAUUCGGGCUGAAUCGGGCUGGGGUGAUGCGCGUGGCCGUGAUUGGAGCGGGAGUCAUCGGACUGUCUACAGCCCUCUGCAUUCAUGAACGUUACCACCCAGCCCAACCUCUGCACAUGAAGAUCUAUGCGGAUCGCUUCACGCCGUUCACUACCAGCGAUGUGGCUGCGGGACUCUGGCAGCCUUAUCUCUCUGACCCCAGCAACCCGCAGGAGGCGGAGUGGAACCAGCAAACUUUCGAUCACCUUCAGAGCUGCCUCCAUUCUCCAAACGCUGAGAAAAUGGGCUUGGCCCUAAUCUCAGGCUACAACCUCUUCCGAGACGAAGUCCCGGACCCUUUCUGGAAAAGCACAGUUCUGGGAUUCCGGAAGCUGACCCCCAGCGAGUUGGACAUGUUCCCUGAUUAUAGCUAUGGCUGGUUCAACACGAGCCUCCUUCUUGAGGGGAAGAGCUACCUAUCAUGGCUGACUGAGAGGUUAACUGAGAGGGGAGUGAAGUUCAUCCAUCGGAAGGUGGCAUCUUUCGAAGAGGUGGUGAGAGGAGGCGUGGAUGUGAUUAUCAACUGCACCGGGGUGUGGGCCGGGGCUCUGCAAGCAGACGCCUCCCUGCAGCCAGGCCGGGGCCAGAUCAUCCAGGUGGAGGCCCCUUGGAUAAAGCACUUCAUCCUCACCCAUGAUCCCAGCCUUGGCAUCUACAACUCUCCAUACAUCAUCCCAGGUUCCAAGACAGUUACACUCGGAGGUGUAUUCCAGCUGGGGAACUGGAGCGAGCUAAACAGCGUCCAUGACCACAACACCAUUUGGAAGAGCUGCUGUCAACUGGAGCCCACCCUGAAGAAUGCAAGAAUCAUGGGUGAACUCACUGGCUUCCGGCCAGUCCGACCUCAGGUCCGGCUAGAAAGAGAACGCCUUCGCUUUGGAUCUUCAAGUGCAGAGGUCAUCCAUAACUAUGGUCAUGGAGGUUACGGGCUCACGAUUCACUGGGGUUGUGCAAUGGAGGCAGCCAACCUCUUUGGGAAAAUUCUAGAAGAAAAGAACUUGUCCAGGAUGCCUCCAUCCCACCUCUGAGGACUCUGGUGAAUACCACUUGCCCCAAGACGACAUCCCAACCCCUUCAGCCAGUUGACACCAUCCUUGAUGAUUCCCUCCCCCAGCCCCAGCCCCUCCUCCAGCACCCCCUUGGCAAAGGCCUGAAGGGAGGAAAUCCUGCUGUUCCCUCUCUGCCUAGUCCUUCCAGGGCAGUGAUGCUGGUUGGUUCUAACCAAGGCUGCAUGAGACAGGCGAGAUCUACAACCAUGAUGCAAUUCUUCUCACGCUGCAACGACUGUACUAAGGCUGGUCCUACUGGGUGGCAGGGUCUGUGUUCAGUCUGAUAGAGUAGUCUGGAAUCUUUUGCUUAGAACUCUGAUGAACGGUUCACGACACUAUCCAUGUCUAUUUGUAGUGAUGGAGUGAUGGGAGGAGAGGGAGGAAGAAGAGGAGGAGGGGGAGGGGGAGGAGGGGGAGGAGGGGGAGGAGGAGGAGGGCUCCCUCUUCAGCACUCUGCUGGUCAACAUCAUUAAAGCACUGAAUAUCCAAA